GUCAUAAAUUCAUCAAUUGAUUGAAACCCAAAUUUUCUAACAAUUUCAAACGAACUCUCUUAAUCCCUCUUAAUUUCAUUCUAGCAAUGUUGUCGUUUUCAACCAAAAAGUUUCAGAGGUACUAUGCUUCUUCUAUCCCUCUUUUUCAACUUCCAAACCCUAAUUUCAUUCCUUCUUCAACAAUGUUAUACUCUCAAUUACACAACCAACAUGAAGAUCAUGAUAAUCUUGUUUCUUCAUUCAAUCACUUGUUACAUCAGAAUCCAACCCCACCCAUCUUCCAUUUUAAUAAGAUUUUAGGUUCCCUUGUUAAGUCCAAUCAUUACUACACUGUUGUUUCACUUCAUCGUCAGAUGGAACUAAAUGGAAUUGCUUCAGAUUUAGUCACUUUCAACAUCUUGAUCAAUUGUUUUUCUCAAUUGGGUCUAAACUCUCUUUCCUUUUCUGUAUUUGCCAACAUUCUCAAAAAGGGUUAUGACCCAGAUGCCAUAACUUUGAAUACACUCAUCAAGGGUCUUUGUCUCAAAGGUCAGAUCCAUAAAGCAUUGCAUUUUCAUGACAAGUUGGUAGCCCAUGGGUUUCAGUUGGACCAAGUCAGUUAUGGAACCUUAAUCAAUGGGUUAUGUAAAGUAGGAGAAACAAGUGCAGCCUUGCAGUUGCUGAGACUAAUUGAUGGGAAACUGGUACAACCUGAUGUGGUAAUGUACAGUGCAAUUAUUGACAGUAUGUGCAAAGAUAAACUUGUUGAUGAUGCUUUUGAUUUAUAUUCUGAAAUGGUCGCUAAGAGAAUUUAUCCCAAUGUUGUCACUUACAAUGCUUUGAUUAAUGGCUUUUGCAUUGUUGGUAAAUUGAAAGAAGCAAUUGAUUUGUUUAAUAAAAUGAUAUUGGAAAACAUCAACCCUGAUGUGUAUACCUUCAAUAUAUUGGUUGAUGCAUUUUGUAAGGAAGGAAUAGUGAAAGAAGCUAAUAAUGUGUUUGCUAUGAUGAUCAGAAAAGGUGUUAAACCUGAUGUUGUUACUUAUAACUCUUUAAUGGAUGGAUAUUGCUUAGUUAAAGAAAUGAAAAAGGCCAAGAGUAUAUUCAAUAUCAUGGCCCAAAGUGGAGUGACUCCUGAAGUUCGGAGCUAUAGUAUUAUGAUUAAUGGAUUUUGUAAGGUUAAAAUGGUGGAUGAAGCCUUAAUUCUCUUCAAAGAAAUGCGUUGUAGAAACAUUAUUCCUGAUGUGAUAACAUACAGUUCCCUUAUUGAUGGUUUGGGCAAAUCAGGGAGAAUCUCACAUGCUUUGAAGCUUGUCGAUGAGAUGCAUGAUAGAGGUCUACCACCUGAUAUAUUUACUUACAAUUCUAUAUUGGAUGCUUUAUGCAAAAACCAUCAUGUUGAAAAGGCUAUUGCAUUAUUAACAAAUGUUAAGGAUGAGGGCAUUCAACCAAAUAUGUACACGUAUACUAUUCUUAUUCACGGAUUGUGUAAAGUUGGAAGAGUAGAGGAUGCGAGAAACGUUUUUGAAGAUCUUUUGGUCAAAGGCUACAAUCUAGAUGUUUAUACAUAUACUGUUAUGAUCCAAGGGUUUUGCGACAAGGGCUUGUUUGAUGAAGCGUUGGCCUUGCUAUCAAAAAUGAAAGACAAUAGUUGCUUUCCAGGCGCUGCAACUUAUGAAAUAAUUAUCCAUUCUCUGUUUAAUAAAGGUGAAAAUGAUAAGGCAGUGAAACUUCUACGUGAAUAUAUCGCAAAAGGCUAUUGUAAGAUUGAAACUAGGAAGCUUGAGGCUAAGAAUCAUUUUGGUGGAGUGAUCUGGUAAAUUUUAAUACAACAACUUUGGUAGGUUUUAUAUCAGGAAUUAAUAAUGGCAUUACGGAGAAACUUUUCGCUACUAUAGAAAGUGAAUUGGGACAGUGCUGGUUUAAUUGAAACUUUGACUUUGAGAUUUCUCAAGUAAGUUAUCAAUAUUUUUUGCCACCUGCUUUGUGUUUUCGACCUUUUGCAUGGUAACUGUAUUGAUCACUUGUCCUUUAUAGCAAUUAGUUUACUGACCCAAAGUUAUAUGGUAUUUUGGUUAACUGUGCGAAUUAAAAUCUUUGCAUUGUAUGUAGUUUUUAUAAACUAAUUAUUCUGGUGUUUAUCAGCGUCAAUUUAAUUUACAGCUAGAUAAUGUCUGAACUUAAAAUCCAAUCUAUGUGGACUGGAAUUUGGCAUCUGUUACAAAGGGUUCUUAAUGUUUGUUGAAUCUGAAUCUCAAUAUUUGUUGGAUUCAUGAGUCGCUAAAUUUCUUUUUUCUUUGUAACACUUGUACUUCUGUGUAAUAAUAAUUUUAAUCUUACUAUUUUUGAAUGAUAAACUUAAGAUUUAAUAUCCAAAGACUUGAAUUGUACAAGCUUGGAUCUACAUAAUUAUAGAUUUUGCAGUUUUGGAUGAGUAUUUAUCUUUAAUUUUGGUUUAUAUUAUUUAUGGAACAUGUAUUUAUGGUACAAGAUUAGAUGUAUGCUAUUCUAGAACAUGUAUUCUAGGGCCCUUCUCCUUCAUAUACAGCCGUGUCAUUCUGAGAUGAAUGCUGAUUUUGCACCCUCAUGCAUAAAAUUCAUGUCAUGGUUGCACACAUGAACUGCGACGAGAUUGGGGACAAAGUGCAAGUACGAUGUGCCGCCAAGACUUCAGUGUGCAACAAACCUGCGGUCAAGACCUUCAUCUUGUUGAACCUGAGUGCGACGAAAGUACUGUGGUCUGAAAUCUGAGUUGUGAGUUUGAUAUUUGAUUCUGUGUUCUUUCUUUUGUUACACAUUGUUAUUUUGAUUUACACAUGUCUUAACAAAGUCCCCAAUAGUGAUGCAUAGUUUUUCUAUUUACAUGUCUUAAAGAUAAGUAGCUGCCUUGGAAAUUUAUAUUUUGAAAGGUCACAUGAAGCUGUUUAAAUUUAUAUUUAAAUUUUGAAUAUAAAUUUUAUGGCAUCAUUUCGUUUUUGUAGUUGCCUUGCCUAAUGAGAAACAAAUUUCUGCUAUUGUUUAUUUUUUUAAGUCUGUUUAUACUUCAAAAACCGAGAGAUCAAUGAGUUUCAACUUGUGGAGAAGAUGUAGAAUUAGAAUAUUAUAGUUAGUGUUGUCUUGGAAAUAUUGUUGUGUUGGGAUUUUACAAAUUUUACAAAUAUUGUUGUGUUAUGGGACUAAAAGGAAGUUCCGUAAUAGUUACUAAUUAGGGGAAAGAGUUAGUUAGACAACAACAACGUUGUGAAUAUAAAUUUCAUUUAGUUUUUGGAGUUUGAUUCUCAUUGCCUUUCGCGAGGGUGCUGUUGUUCUUUUUAAUGUCAUUGCUAUACUCUAUAAUUAUAAUACUUUCGUCAAUAUAAUGGUGGAUUUACAGUUCCAGAAGACUUGAUUGUAAAAUUGAUUAUGCUAGGUUUACAAUUCUUUUUCGGCAGCAUAUUUGACUUCUUAGAUGGAGUACAUGUUGAGAUGCACAUCAUUUUGAUUCACAGUUUAAAAACAUAUUGAAAAUUUAAAAAGUAACUUGUUAUGGCUUUGCUUAUGUUAUGGGUAAUACUUGAAGUAAUUUAAAAGGGAUAGUAAAUCUGAAGUCCUUGGAGAUUAAUUUCAUUUCAGCGGCUUGUUUUUACAAGUACUUACAUUUUUAUUGGGCAUCAAGGUAACAAGUGUGGUGCGCAUGGCUGCAGCUGGGGUUGUUUAUUAAAUUGAGUUUGUUGUAGAUAAAAGUAAGCACCAAAAUGUCAAUUGUUCUUCUACAAACGGUGGCUCAAUUUUUGGAGAAGAUAUAUGUGAGUAGGGCUGGCAAUGAACUGAUCCAACUUGAACAUAAUUCGGACUCGAGCUGAAUUUUGAGUCGAAUCAAAUCUGAUCGUGUCGAGCUGAAGCGAGUUCAAAUCGACUCAUUACCAGCCCUUUAUGUGAGCUAGGGAACAGAAAGGUCACACCUGUGUUUGGUAGUGGGCGGUGGAGAUCAAUGAUAACAAUUCAAAUAUGCUUUAUGUUUCUGCUGCAUAAUUGAUUCUUUGCAUAUUUUAAGUUUGUAACAUAGCUGAAAUUGAUGUCUUGAAGAUAUUUAAAUAGUUAAUAGAGAUUAGUGCAGUUGGUCACUACAUAAGUAUUCAUUUAGAAUGGCAUGAAAGGGAUAGUAAAUCUGAAGUCCUUGGAGAUUGAUUUUAUUUCAGCGGCUUUGUUUUUACAAGUACUUACAUUUUUGUGGUGCUUAUGUUAUGUUUGCAGUUUUUCAUUAUGUAUUGACAGGUAGGUGUGCAGUUUUUAUUGUGUGUUUUAUGAAUUGUAAUAAAUAGUGAUUGUGAGGGAUUGGUAGGGAGAGACCAAACUCUUGAACAUCUUGGUGGACAAUUGUUAUCAUUGUUUUCCUUUAUCUUUCUAUUCACUUUCUGUCAGAUUUGUGAGUAUCUUUUUGUCUGGCAUUUGUAUUACAACUUCAUCUGAUUCUCAAGAAGUUGAAGUAAUAAAUUCUGUAUUUAUCCCUUAAUUUUCUUAAUCAUAGAUACCGGUUUCUAUCAGAAGGUAAGUUCACUAGUGAGGCAUGGAAUCUAUAAUGAGUAAAGGAAACCAAAAUUGAAGUAAAACUACAAUUUUGUGCAACUAUGAUAAGUUCAAGUAUUGAUAUAGUGGUUCUUUAUCUUGUGAUCGACUGCAAUUGAAAGAUUUGUUCCUGUUUUAGGAUUGCGGCGGAGGCAUGCAAA